AUGCUUGACUCCUCUAUCGUUGCCACCAGCCUUCUGACCAUCGGGGAAGAACUGGGUUAUGUGAAACUUCUCAAUUGGGUUGCUCUGGCAUACACGCUGGCGUACCUAGGAUGUGCAGUUAUCUUUGCACGCUCUUCUGACGUGAUCGGCCGCCGCAAUGCGUAUCUGGUCGCCUUUGUCAUUUUUCUCGCCUUCUCUCUCGGCAGCGGAUUCUCUCGAACGAUGUACCAGCUCAUCACCUUCCGCACUCUCCAGGGUAUCGGCGGGUCUGGGCUGUAUUCGCUGUCCAUGACUAUCUGGCCUGAAGUUGCACCUUCACAUCUGCAGCAGCACAUUGCCAGCUUAGCAGGAGUCGUCAUCGCUGUGGCGGGCGUGCUGGGCCCUGUCCUUGGCGGAAUACUUACACACUAUGCGUCAUGGAGCGGUCCUAUUGCAGCUGUCGCCAUCGUUGUCUUUCUUUUGUCAUGGCCCAAAGCAGAAACUUUGCCACCGGUCCAGCUUCGCCCAUGGAGAGAGCUUGAUUUCGUCGGCUCAUUUUUGCUCAUUGCCGCUGCUGUGCUCGUUACAUAUGCAUUUCAGAACUCCAGUGCAGACGGUUUGCAUUGGGGACAUGCCCUUUUCUUGGCGCCGCUCAUCACGGGAGUCUUUUGCUGGGUAGCGCUUUUCGUCUGGGAGUGGAGCAUCGAGAGGCGGAGAGCACACAUAUUGGCUGCGUUUCCUAUGAAGCUCAUUCGGAAUCGCGUUUAUUUAUCGGCUCUGAUUCACACCAUGUUCACUGGAUUUCCCUUCUUCACUGUCGUCUAUGUUUUCCCCCUGCGUCUUCAAGUUGUCAAUGGUAAGAGUGCCCUCAUUGCCGGCGUCAUGUUACUGCCCAUGCUAGGAGGUGUUUCGAUUGGCAGCUAUGUGUCUGGUGCUAUUAACGCGCGAUCAAACCGAGUGUUUGAGAUCUUGGUGGUCUCCAGCUGCCUUUUGACUCUCGGCUGUGGCUUGGAGACCACCCUCUCUGCUUCGGUCUCUCUCCCAGCCAAGGCGCUUGGGUUCCUGCCCUUUAUUGGGCUCGGCGUCGGACUUGCAGCGGCAGCAUCAACCAUCGUGGCCAGUUCCGAGGCGCCGGAAGGCGAGCAUGCUCCCUCACAGGGAAUUUUAGCCCAGAUCCGUGUUUUUGGUGGCAGCAUUGGCAUCGCCGCAUCUUCAGCCGUGCUCGCCGCGCAGGAGGUGAAAAGGGUGGACUCCAUGCGAUUCACGAGUGCAGGAGCUCCAAUAUCAACACAGGACUCCCCGGAGGCAGUCUUGAUUCGCGAGAUCUAUUCAGAUGCAUUCAGAGGAGACAUGCGCGUUUGCAUAGUCAUAUCGGCAGUCAGUAUCGUUGCCGCCUGUGGCACCUACCGACGAAAUCGGAAACCAAUAUUCUCUUCAAGCCGCUUAGCAGAAGAUGGAUCGAAUGGAGACGAAGAGAAGACAAAGAGUUGUGGAGGAUCGGAUACAGAAAGAUCACAGCAAGGCUCGGACGAAGCUGCCUCGGAUACACAAGUUACGCAGCUUUCUAAGUCGGAAGACAAGCAAGAGGACAAAGAGAUCGGCUCAGCCGAGCAACCAGAGUUGGCCAAACACAGCGAGCAUUCGGAUCAAGCCGCCCUAAACAGAGAGGCUAGGGAAAACAGUUCGGCACGUGCUAGUGGACACUCUGGAGCAAUUGUGAAAUGA